UUGUUUGUCGGAUUCGUGGCGCGUGGGGGGACGCCGCAUAUUGCGUUUAAUUGCGGAUAUUGAAGGCGGUUUAAUAUCGGGCAUCACUAAGUGGUAUCGUGACGCCAUCUGCGUACGCGCUGUUAGUGAAGUUGUGCUUGGAAUUGGUCCCAGAAUCUCCGGAUAAAAAGUGCGUCGCGGGUGUUCGUUCUUCCAUUGGACAAGAAGCCAGAACGACCUGGUUCAGUGAUCGUUGAUUUCCAUCACAUUUUUAUUGGGGUCUCCCGUGACAGGGUUCUUAACUUUCCAUCCGAGCACAAUGUCUGGGCGCAACGAAUGUAGGAUAUAUGUUGGGAAUCUUCCUCCUGACAUUCGCACAAAAGACAUCGAAGAUCUCUUCUACAAAUUUGGGAAGAUCGUGUUCAUUGAUCUCAAGAAUCGGAAGGGACCUCCCUUCGCAUUUGUAGAAUUUGAAGACCCCAGGGAUGCGGACGACGCCGUGUACGCGCGCGACGGCUACGACUACGACGGCUACCGUCUGCGGGUGGAGUUCCCGCGCGGCGGCGGCCCGGGUCGCGGCGGCAUGAUGGGCGGCCGCGGCAUGAUGGGCGCCGGGCCGGGCGGGGGCCGCGGCCCGCCGGCGCGCCGCUCUCAGUACCGGGUGGUCGUCACCGGCCUGCCGCCCACCGGCAGCUGGCAGGACCUCAAGGACCACAUGCGCGAGGCCGGCGACGUCUGCUUCGCUGACACGUACAAGGAUGGCACCGGCACCGUCGAGUUCCUCCGCUACGAGGACAUGAAGUACGCAGUCAAGAAGCUGGAUGACUCCAAGUUCAGAUCGCACGAGGGCGAGGUGUCGUACGUGCGUGUGAAGGAGGACGCCGGCGGCAGCGGCGGCAGUGGCGGCAAGCGGUCCCGCUCGCGCUCCUACUCGCCGCGCCGGCGCAGCUCCCCUACCUACUCUCCCGUGAAGCGCUCCUACUCGCGCUCGCGCUCCCGCUCGCAGUCGCGCGAGCGCUACUGAGCGCGCCGCGCGGCGUGCGACACCACCGCCCGAGGGGGAAGACCAGACGUCCGCAUCAGCAGCAGCGGCAGCGGCAGCGGCAGCGGCGGCCACCGCCGGCCGGAC